AUGAUGACCCGUCGGAAAUCCGUCCACGAGUCGGCUCUCCAGAUUCAGCACCGUGCGGCCGAAGACCAAUUGACGCUCGGUGCGAUUGUCUCCGACAUAGCAAACAUCCUUACGCCGAGUGUCACAUCCAACGACAGCUGUAGCAGUAAUUCGGUAUCGGGUACGUCAUUAUCCACACAAUCAACCCCCCCUAGCGAUGCUCCUAAGGCGGCUGGGGAACCCAAAGGGACAGAUGACAAAAAGUGUUCGCCACCGUCCGUCUCAAACAUUUCACUUACAACAGGAAUCAUCGCGGGGCCUAGCAGUUCAUCCAACGUUGGUAAAAACGCGGCUACCGUGAAUCGUAGCAAAACGCCAAGAAUUUCCAAGCGCAGCGUACCUCUUGAUGGACCGGUAACUUCGACUGCCGGAUCAACGCCUACUACCGCCGCACAACAGCCACCGAGCACGGCAGCACCACAAUAUGGAACUACUCCAGCGGCGCCCGGAAUGGCCAUCGGGCCUAACCCGGUCCAGCAAACGCUCUGCCAGAACGGGAUGGAUCCGGACGAGAUACCGAAGUUCAAGGGUUAUCGGAUCAUCGAAAUCGAUCAUUUUUUACAGUGGGCAGCGUUCUCUCAGUUCAUGCACUCGAAACACUGCGCGGGUGGGUUGUUGAAACCGUACCAGGAGUACAUUGGCGGAUGCUACUCAACAUUCGCGAUGCGCUGCAGCAAGUGUUCGGCCAUCAUUACGCGGUCGUCGGAGAACUAUAUCCACCACAACAAGCUGAUGAACCGGCUGGUGAAGGGAACGGUACAGCUGGGCAAGGACUACGACGAGAUGCAGCAGUUUAUGGAGUCCCUUGAGAUACCGUUUGUGACGCGCGAAGAGUUUCAAUCGAUCCGCGGCCAGGUCAGCUCGUCGCUCGAAGAUCAAUCGGCGUUACAGCGCGCAGUCGAGGAGCUAGAGAGGGCAUCGGUACAGUCGAAACGGAAACGGCACGGUAGCUGCAAGUACCACUACGAAGUGCUGAAGGUGUAUCUGAACAAAAAGAUGAAAAAGAUCGAAGAGAAUCUACAGCUGUCGGUAAACGAUUCCGUGGCACUGGCCGUUAACGCUCAUUUGAAGAAUGUUUCACAUGUGCAAUUAAUGCCCAAUGGACACAGUGGUAACGUAAAUAAUACGAUAAUCGGUGGAGGCAGCGGUAUUGGUAGCGUUGGUGCCGGCACAUCGAACGGCGGAACUCCAGCAAUGGUGAAUAGCAUGGCAGGCUAUGGAGUUGGAGCCCCGCUGAACAAUGCUCUCGCCAAUAGCAACCUAAACGGACCUACAUCGAUAGCAACAAACACCGGGCGGCCUGCUAUGAUCAGUGACACAUUGGCAGUUGCCACCAACAACACUAGCCGGCUUCCCCUAGUCAACCGCGAUUAUCACCACCACUGA